UGUCACUGACAGUGUCAGUCUCACACCUAUUUUAUUUUCAUAUUGUUUAUAGUUUUUGUUUUAAGAUAUUUGAGGUUACUAACUAAACAAAUUUGAGAAAUAUUGUUAGAUAUGGGUCUUACAAAGCAGUAUUUACGUUAUGCACCCAGUGGAACCUUUAAUGUGAUCGCUAGCGCUGAUUGUAAUAGCUCACAUGUGUCAUUAAAUGGUGUAAGUGGACGAUACAUUGCUGUCGGAGCAUGUGAACAUGUUGUGAUUUGGGAUAUGAGACUGGGGGAAAAGGCUCAAGUUCUUCCCGGGGACAACAUAGUAGUAUCCCAAAUUGCAGCUAGUCCCAGUGGUAACCACAUAGCAGUAGGCUAUGUAGAUGGGAAUAUAAAUAUAUACGAGCUCAUUAACAAUGAAAUUGUGUGCAUGUUUGCUGGUCACAAGUCUGCUGUCACAUGCUUGCAGUAUGAUGAACAGGGACACCGCUUGGUGUCUGGGGCUAAGGAUACAGAGGUGAUUUUAUGGGAUGUUGUAGCAGAAACUGGUAAAGCACGAUUUAGUGGCCACAAGGGACCUAUAACCAGUGUGCUGUUUGUAAAUAGCAAGAAUUGUGUCAUCAGUACAUCUAAGGAUACAUUCACGAAAUUUUGGGACAUUGAAACCAAACAUUGUUUCAAAACCCUGGGAGGACAUCAAAUGGAAAUAUGGUCUGCUGUACUCUUAAAAGAGGAAAGGUACUUAGUGACUGGCAGCAUGGAUCAGGAGUUGAGGGUGUGGAAACUGAACUGGACAACUGAUGUGAAAGAUGAGGAAAAGCUAGCCAGACAACUUGAAAUUGUAAAAUUAGAAGAAAAUGAUAGUAUUGAAGAUUCAUCGGUGUUACAAUGUCACCAAGUAGGUACUCUAGUGAGAGGAGGGCGAGGUCGCGUGGUAGGCCUAUCGACAGACCCUGGCCAGAGUGUGUUAGCGUGCCACGGUACGGAUGCACUGCUCGAACUGUUCGCAUUUUGCUCCGACGAUGAAGCCAGACUCAGAAUGGAUAAACGAGUCAAGAAACAAAGAAAAAAGUUGGCGAAACUUAAAGAAGCUGGUGAACUAGAAACUGAAACUACAGAUGUGCCAGAACUGCUCACACUAUCAGACGAAGUGAGACGUCUGUCCAGCAUCAAGUUAGAUGCUAAGUUGAAGUCUACCACUCUUCUACUAGGCACUACUGGGGAACUCCGUGUUGGAGUCACUCUAGCCAACAAUACUGUGGAACUACACAGUUUAAGGAUAACUGAAGGACACCAAGUACAAUGUCUAAAACAGAUUACCCAGCCUGGCCAUCAGAAGGAACCGCGCUGCGUAGCUAUUAGUUCAGAUAAUUUAGCGAUAAUCUCAGCGUCUGCGGAUUCUGUUAAACUUUGGAGUAGAUCAACACAAGCCUGCCUCCGCACUAUCCCAGUGCCGUGUGGUCGCCCCUGCAGUAUAUGUUUCGCGCCGGGCGACAGACACGCGCUGGUGGGCUGUGCGGACGGGUCCCUACUGCUCAUUGACGUCGGUGCCGGGAAAGUUCUAGAACAAGUGCCCGCGCAUACCGCCGAGUGCUCCACUGUUGGACUUACUCCUGAUAUGCGAGGUUGUUAUUCUGGCGGCGGCGAUAAGACAGUCAAACUGUGGCAGUUCGAACUUAUUCCCGAUCCCACAGGAGAAUCAAAAGCAAAGGUGCUCUCGCUCCUUCACACAAGGACCCUAGAGCUGGAAGAGUCGGUGUGUGCCGUGAAAAUAAGCCCCAACAACAAAUUCAGUGCAGUAGCAUUGUUGGACUCUACCGUCAAAAUCUUCUUCCUUGACACUUUUAAGUUCUACCUAUCUCUGUAUGGGCACAAGCUACCAGUUCUUUGUCUGGACAUCAGCUACGAUUCCAACAUCAUCGCAACUGGGUCCGCUGACCGUAAUGUGAAGAUUUGGGGCAUGGACUUCGGAGACUGUCACAAGUCCAUCUUUGCACACAAUGAUUCCGUGACCUCGCUACAGUUCGUGCCAUCUACACAUUACUUUUUCACAGCGUCGAAGGAUGGGAAAGUGAAACAGUGGGAUGCUGAUACCUAUGAUAAUAUUAUAACGUUACAUGGGCACGCGGGUUCGUGCGCGGGUGUGUCGGUGGGCGCGGGCGGGCUGGUGGCGGCGUCGUGCGGCGCGGACGGCGCGCUGCGACUCUACGCGCGCACUGACGAGCCGCUCGUGCUCGGCGACACUGACGAACAGGACGAGGGACUCGCCACCGGGGAACAACACGCACCAGUGCCUGGUUUGCCCGGUCUCAAUAUGCCAACGAAGAAAACUAUUGGAGCGGAAAAAGCGGCGGACUCAAUAAUGGAGUGUCUGUCAGUGGGUGCGGAAUACAAGCGCGAGCUAGCGGAGGCGCGCGGCCAGUACGUGCAGCCCCCACUACUCAUGGCGGCCUACAACUGCACCACUCCUGAACACUUCCUCGUCGAAACACUCAAGAGGAUAAGGUCUAGUGAUUUGGAAGAGGCUCUCCUGCUGAUUCCGUUCAGCGUUUCGUGCGAUAUAAUGAAGAUGUUACCGAAGCUACUGGACCGCGGCGACCACACAGAGCUGUUCUGUCGCCUCGCAGUGUUCCUGCUGAAGAUCCACCACGCGCCCAUCGUGGCCAACCAGGCGCUACUCAAGCACAUGAUACAAAUACAAGCUAAAGCCAACAUGCGGCUCAACGAAUUACGAGACAUGGUGGGCUACAACGUACACGCGCUGCACUGGUUGCGGCGCGAGGCCGAGGCGGCCGACAGCGAGCUACUGUUCCGGGACGCAUUCACCGAAAACCGCAAGCGGGACAAGCGGAGACGCGCCCGACAGGCCGUCAAACGGCCCAUUGUUACUGUUACCUAGUUCUAACAUUAAUAAAUAUUUUAUUAUCAUAUUCA